AUGGAGUGGAAGGCCGCUCAAGCAACAACGCAAGCUCCAACAUGCCCGAAUUCAGAGGUCUCGAUGCGGUUUUGUGCAACAUGGGGUUUCCUCUGCUUCUGCAACAACCCCAAGGCGUGCACCAGUGUGGAUGGUGCUGCUGAGUGCUCUCAGCGUGUGCCUCUUCAGAUCUGUUCCCAGUGGUAUCCUGCUGGGUGGCCUCAUCACAGUGACCCUCCUCCUCCCUCUGGAGCAACAGCUGCAGGCGUUGCGUCACAACCGGUGCAGCAUGGAGGUGGCGAGAGCGCCAGCAGUUCACCGGAGGACGGCAGUAAUGUCAUUCCCAAUCGCAAGUCCGACAGUGCGAUCAUCUGCAGUUUGCUCGUGCAUCUACCUCCCAGCAGAUAUGCCAAAGGUCUUCUUCGGGUGUCUGACCUGUACGAACCCCUCCGCCGCAGUGCUGCUGCUGCAGCCAGUCUUGCUUCUGCAUUAGGGGGCAUCACUAGCACGGGCAGCAGCGGCAAGAGCAAGGUUGUGAUUGUACUGCACCCGAGUAGAUCAAGCACUAGCUCUAUGUCAUCAGGGUCUUGUGUGGCGCCUGCGGCUUCGGAGAAGGCGACAGCGAAGGCAGAGAUGCUGCUCUCCCUCUUCCUGUGCAGCGAGGGCCUCAUGUUCGUGCAGCUGUGCCUUCCCACACGGUUAUCCCUCGUGUCUGCCACUGUUGCCAGCAGACAGACUUUUGAAGCCGCUCUGAUGCAGCAGCAAAUGCAACAGAGACAGCUGGAGCAGAUGCAGAAAGCUGCGACAGGCCUCAUGCAGCAGCUUCAACAAAAUGUGCGCUGCAUGGAAGCGACUGCAGCCACCGCGCAACAACAAAGGCAGCUGCUGCUCCUCGGGUGCUGCCGUCUCCUAAACGAGAAGAAGCAAAAAUGUCGGCAGCUGCAGGCGCUGCUACAGCAGCAGCAGUCGCAGCGGCAGGAGCCGCAUGGACGGCAGGAAGGUAACCCGCCAGAAGAAGGUUGCGAAAGACCUUUAAAGUCUAGAAGGAAGCGGAGGAGCAUCAUGUUUGCUGCGGGUACCCCGCCUUUUGCUGCCUGCGAUGAGCGAGAAGAGGGCAGCGGGGGUUCCACAGGCGAGCGCAGGAGGACUCAAAUAUGGCCGCUGCAUACGAGAGCUGAGUCAAAAGCCGCUGGAUUUGCAGCAUCAGAAGCAACAGCGGCAGGUGAUGGCGUUGUUUCAGCUGCAAGCGAUCCCCCAGCACCAAACUCUACGGUCCUUGUGGCUGCCGCCGGUGGACGACGGGCAGCCACGCCGCAGCCCAAAGGCAUGCCUGUUGUGCCGAGGGUGUAA